ACCAACAACAAUGUCUUCAACAGUAGUGCAACAAGAAGGAGAAAAUUGUUGUUACUCUGAAUUAGCCGUUGAUGGAGACAAGUCGAUAUGGAACGGUAACAAUUUUUGGUGUGCACAUACGAAAAUUAACGAUAAUCAGCAGCCAUGGUGGGCAGUCGACCUACAGAAUGUUUAUGAUAUCAAUGUGAUAGAUCUUCAUUCACGCACAGAUUGUUGUUCUAACAAUUUGGAAAACUUUGAUGUUGAAGUUAUAAUGCCAACCUGUACAUGCAAUCGCCGGAAUAAUUUUGAUGAGGGAAACAUAUUUCACUGCCACUACCAGGCCACCAACAGUCAGAGAAUCACUAUAAAUUGCCCUCCAAACACAAGAGGGAGAAUUGUAAGGAUUAAACGCCGUGAUACGAUAGACCUGGUUAUUUGUGAAAUAGAAAUAUAUGGAAAUCCAAUUAACAGCCUCAAUCAGUCAACCUCGUCAAGGACUGAUUCUGCCUAUGCGUGUGGAUAUAUCGGGUACAAAUAUGUAGGACCUGUUAUAGGAACAUCUGAAGCAGACAGUCCCAUUCACUGCAUAAUCCUGUGCGCCAUAAAUACAGCCUGUUCUGCUGCAGAGUAUGACAAGAACACAAAUGUCUGUACACUGAAAGGUGAAUGUGUCAAUGGAACUCAGUCACAUUUGUUCCCAGACAACAACAAAGAUGUAUUUUUCAUUCAAUAG